AAAACUGAAUUUCCAGGCCGCCAGUGUCAGAAGAAUUAUUGGAAAUAGCGGCGAAGCAUAAAGUUUUUGUAUCAGUAGUUUCUCCUUAUGAGUCGGCCUGUUCUUCUGAAGUUGAGUUCCCACCUAAUAACAUCUCAUCACUAAGCUGCAAAAUCAUGAUGUCGCAAACGCAGAAAAGCGGGACCAAGCUCAAGAAGAAGAAAAAGGUCAAGAAGAAUACCUCGACGGCUCCGGUUGGAGUUAGGAUUUCGGAGGAUCCUCCACCCGGUCCACGAUCGGACGACCCAAAGACAAACGUAGUACCGCACACGGCUGUGGCCGCCGCUGGCGAGGAGCAGGACGAACAGACGACAAAAAAUCCAAAGCACCGGAAGAAAAAAACCAAAAGCAAAACGCACCCCUUCGUGAAAACCAUUCUCGACCGUCGCAACCUGAAUGUCUGCGCGCCGAUGGUGGGUGGGUCCGAGCUCGCGUUCCGCUUGCUGGUCCGAGAAUACAACGCGGACCUCUGCUACACCCCGAUGCUGUACUCGGACAAGUUUGUGUAUGGAAGCGUCAGGUUUGAAAUCGACAAAGUCGAGAUGAUUUGUGAUGCAUAAAACGGAUGCCAGUUGUAACCCAGCUUUCAAGUGGCGCAUGACAAAUUUGGGUAGAGCCGAAAUUCAGUUUGUCAUGCUGUUUGGGUAAGGAAGACGCCUUUUGUCAUGCUACUAUAGCAGCUCUAUCGCAGACCGCAAACAGGCUGACAGUCGGCCUCACUUGCCACCCCUGCAACAGAGGCACUUCAUGCCAGGCAAUUUAUGCAUGACAAAGCAUUUCAACUUUGACGAUUUCAAUCCUGACACAUCCAUAUUGUGGGGGGGCAUCAAGCGGGUCUCCUUGGUAACAAUUGUGAGCCUGAAUAUAGUACAACAGGAAUAAGAACCGCCUACGCCGAGGAGCAGUUUUUCCAGCAGUUGCACAAACAAGACCGCCCGCUAGUCGCGCACUUCUGCGGCAACAAUCCUCAGACACUGCUCAAAGCGUGCAAGCUGGUGGAAAACCACUGUGAUGCGGUAGAUUUAAACCUGGGCUGUCCGCAGCGGGUGGCACACGCCGGGCACUUCGGGGCGUACUUGUUGGGCGCGGAAGAUCGACCUCUGUUGAAGGAGAUCGUGGAAACUCUCGCGAAAAACCUGUCCGUGCCCGUUUUCUGCAAGAUUCGGCUGCUGGAAAGUUACGAGGAAACGCUAGAGCUGUGCAAAGACCUGAAAACCGCCGGCUGCGCCCUGAUCGCCAUCCACGCGCGCCAGCGGGGCACCGCGACGCGGAGACGCGAGGGGCCGGCGAACUUGGACUGGGUGAAACGAAUAGUGGAGGACAUGAGUUCUGGGGGCGGAGCGAGCACAUGUUGUUCCUCUGGCGGAGGUGGAGAAAAGGCGAAAACAAAACGGCCUUUUCCAAUUUUUGCUAACGGGAACGUGCAAAAUGGAAAUGACGUGGAAAAAAACCUGAAAUUCACCAACGCCCACGGCAUCAUGAGCGCGGAGGGUUUGUUGGACAACCCGCGGAUUUUUUUCAAAGCGACACGACAAAACGACGACACAGAGACGAAACUAAGGAGAGUAGAAGGAGUUCUUGGCCACGAGGACGCAGCAGCAGAUCCGCACAAUUUACUUCUCGCGGAGGAAUACCUGCAGCUCGCAGCUUUGUACCCGCCGCCCGAGUCCGAGAAGGGCAACGGGUUCUCCACUGUCAGGUUUCACGUGCGGCGAAUGUGUAAGGGGAUUUUAACGGAGACGAAGUUGCUUGAAGCCGCGAGUACCGCGGAGUCGGUGGCGGAGAUCCGGGAAAUUCUGGCGGCGUGUGGUCGUGAGGCGAAUAAGAAACUCCUUUCCUUGACGACGGCAAGCUGUAGUGGGACUACUGCGGAGAGCAAGGCGUCCAGUUCCAAGAGUUCUUCAUGUAGUAGUACCCAAAAGCCUGUGAAGAUUCCAACGAAGAAAAACGUGCAUCCGGGGAAAAAACUACACGUUUCAGCGGUAGCUACUACGGCUGCCGCGCGAGGUGAUGAAGACGUUCCAGCAAAAGACGCGGCCGCCCAGAGUACUAGAACCCCACAGCAAAUCGCCGCGGAGAAGGCAGCGCAAAACAAGAAAGCGAAGGAAGAAAAACGGUUUUUAGACCGGAUGGCGCGGAAAGCGAAAAGAGAGGGCCGAAACGUCGAAGAGGUGGUGGCGGAACACCGGCGGAAGAGCGCUUUUUUUCAAGGAUAAAGAAGUGGAAUGGAAUUAUGUUGACCAUCAAGAAAAUAACAGGAUUGUCUUCCUUUUCAGUUGACACGACCAGAUUGUUAGUUGUAGCGACCCAAAUUUUUUUCAAACCGAUGUUGAGACCAAAUGCGUAU